AUGCUUUCGCCAUCACUUCUGUUACUGCUGCUGCUGCUGCUGCUGGCCCCGGGGGCCGCGGGGAUGCGAGGCAGGGCUGGGACCGGCAGGACUCACCAUGGCCCGGCUGCCCGGGGCAUCCCGGAGGGGCAGGAGAGGAGGGAGAGGCAGCGCCGGGGCACGGAGGAGGACUCCAAGUCGGUGCAGCAGUACGUGCCGGGAGUGCGGGUGGAGUUCCCGCGGCCCCUCAACUCCGCCGGCCUGCACCCCACCAGGGCCCUGCUGCCAUCCAGCACGGACCCCUCGGAACAGCAGCCGGGGGUCCCCACGGACAGGGACAGGGCAGAGCCCCGAGCCAACCUCACCACCGUGUCCGACAAGCGGCUGCAGAUCCACAACCCCCUGUACCCGGUGACUGAGAGCUCCUACAGCGCCUACGCCGUGAUGUUCCUGUCCCUCAUCGUCUUCACCGUUGGCAUCAUCGGUAACCUCUCCGUGAUGUGCAUUGUGUGGCACAACUACUACAUGAAGAGUGCCUGGAACUCCAUCCUGGCCAGCCUGGCUUUCUGGGACUUCCUCAUCCUCUUCUUCUGCCUGCCUGUGGUCAUCUUCAACGAGAUCACCAAGAAGCGGCUGCUGGGGGACACGUCCUGUCGUAUUGUGCCCUUCAUGGAGGUAUCAUCACUGGGAGUCACCACCUUCAGCCUCUGUGCCCUGGGUAUCGACAGGUUCCACGCAGCCACCAGCCCGCAGGCCAGCACCCGGCCCAUCGAGCAGUGCCAGUCCAUCAUUGCCAAACUGGCCGUCAUCUGGGUGGGCUCCAUGACGCUGUCGGUGCCGGAGAUCCUGCUCUGGCAGCUGGUGCAGGACACGUCGCCCGUGUCCGGUGUGGUGACCGAGUAUUGCACCAUGAAGCCCUCGUCCAACCUGCCCGAGUCCAUCUACUCCCUGGUGCUCACCUACCAGAACGCUCGCAUGUGGUGGUACUUCGGCUGCUACUUCUGCCUGCCCAUCCUGUUCACCAUCAGCUGCCAGCUGGUGACCCGGCGCAUCCGCAGCACCGACAAGAAGAGCGAGUGCCGGGGCGGCAAGCACGGCCAGUGCGAGGGUCACCUGAACUGCACCAUCAUCGCCCUGACCGUCAUCUAUGGGCUCUGCACCACCCCCGAGAACGUCUGCAACCUCGUGGUGGCCUACAUGUCCCCCGACAUGUCCAAGCAGACCUUGGAUCUGCUCAACCUCAUCAACCAGUUCUUCCUGUUCUUCAAGUGCUCGGUGACGCCUGUCCUGCUCCUGUGUCUCUGUCGUCCCCUGGGCCAGGCCUUCAUGGACUGCUGCUGCUGCUGCUGUGAGGGCUGUGGCCCCGACACCACCUCCAGUGAGAGCAGUGCCGACAGCAAGCUCAAAACCGAGAUGUCCUCCUCCAUCUUCUUUGACAAACCCCGGGAGACUCCCCCACCCCUCCUGGCCCUCGGCACCCCAUGCUAA